CUGCACAGUGCUUUGUGGCUCAGUGGCCUACCGUUGACGUCGACCUGCACUGUGCUUGACGUCGGAGCCAACGGUCCCAGCUACCAACUUGCGAUUCUGCAUCCACACUAACAACCAUCUUCAUUUGUAUCGUUUCAUCAGUAGUAUUUGCUUGAGUUGUCAAUUCUUGAAGACUCUAUUGCAAUCUAUUGAUUGUGAUCUUCAAAUUUGUUGCAACUUGAGCACAUUCGGCUCACACAACUCGUAGAACAAUGUCAAGUGAAGCUGGAGGCUCCAAGCCUGGUGACGACACCACGCGUCGCGAUAGCUUCUCCAACAAGUCUGAUGAUUCGCAAACAGCAGCCGACUUUCUGCGCGACCAAGAGCUCCUGGAAGCAGACGCACGCGAGGCACUUCCAUAUAGUAUCGAAACUUGCACCAAGAUUCUCGGACCCUUAAGACAGAAUGUUUUUGCAUGUUUAACAUGUAACCCUGCACCCGACACUCCAACCGAUCCCUCCUGGGUCCCCGCUGGCAUGUGCUAUGCUUGCUCCGUUUCGUGCCAUGGCGAGCACACGCUUGUCGAGAUCUUCCAAAAGCGCAACUUUACCUGCGACUGCGGCACAUCUAGAAUUCCCGCGACGGCUCCAUGUACCUUGCGAACCAAUGCACAAACCAAUACCCGUGGCAACGUUCACUCUGAAGAACCCGAUGCCAACAACAAGUACAACCAAAAUUUCCGCAACCGAUUCUGUGGCUGCGAAUGCGAUUACGAUCCAUUUGAACAAAAGGGUACCAUGUUCCAGUGCUUGGGCUUGGGAACUCAAGAGACGGGAGGCUGCGGCGAGGACUGGUAUCACCCCGGCUGUCUUGUUGGCAAAGGGCCCAAGUGGUAUGAGGAGAUGGAAUCUGCAAAAGAAAAGAAAAAGAACCCAGAAGGGCUUUCCACUAUUGCUGAAGAAAACGACGACUCUGUUAUUGCUGGUGCCGAGGACGAACCACCGAUGCCUCCUGGGUUUCCAGACGAAGAUGCAUUCGAAGGUUUUAUCUGCUACAAGUGCGUCGAAUCAAAUCCCUGGAUUAAACAAUAUGCAGGAACUGCAGGAUUUCUCUCACCUGUCUUCCUCGACGCGAGCAAGUCUAUUGCGGAUACAGAGUCUGAAGGGGGCAAAAAACGGAAAGCAGACGAUGCUGACGAAGAGCAUGCAACCAAACGCGUUAAAAGCGAACCCCCUCAUGAUAAUGCUCCGUCGACAGCCAAAUCAGAAGGUGCCGAUGCUGCCAAGGAUACACUGGGUUGUAAAUUGGUGAAUUUACCAGAUGGGCCCUCGGGGCACUUCUCUCUCUUCUUCAAGGAUACGUUUCGAGAAAAGUUUUGCCACUGCAGAGACUGCUAUCGAAAACUCAAUAAUUAUCCGCAGCUGCUGGAAGAAGAAGAGGUAUAUGAGCCGCCCAUGUCUGAUGAUGGGCAGUCAGAACAUGGAGGCUCGACCAAUGGUAGCGGCAGUCUUUUGGAGCGCGGCGAGAGUGCUCUUCGCAACGUUGACCGCGUCAGAGCAAUCGAAGGUGUGAUGGCCUAUAACCAUCUCAAGGAACAGCUUAAGCCAUUCUUUCAGCAAUUUGCAAACAGUGGACAGGCUAUUGGCGCAGAGGACAUCAAGGCGUACUUUGCAAAGCUUCGAGGCGACGAGGAGGGCAUCAAACAAGCUGGCGCCGCUGCUGCUGGCGGGGGCGGUGAUGGAGAAGAUGGAGACAGACGACGAGAGCAGGGCGGUUAUUAAGUUGUAUAAUAUGUAUAGAUGAUGAAAAGUGUAUAGCAUGAGAGACGAAGAAGCGAGCAUGUUGAUUGGUGGUUGCACGGAGAUGUGAAGCACAAGAAUGGCUGGAAUUUACAAGGUCUUUGAUUGACUAAAAGUGACAGUGCUCCCCAGAACGCCCAUAUGUUACAAUUACUAGCAGGUAUCUCAGCAAAUGGUUCUAAUCAUCCAGUUGAUCCUGUGCUAGAACCGGCGCUCAGAGGUCGCGGUGGUGGGACGGGAACUGGAGUACCCGUCACCUCGUCUCUUUGCAUGGCGAUACCGCCAAUUAAAAUAUGACCCUCAACUCCUUCUUCUUCCAUGAGCAUUUGCUGGUGCUGUUCCUGUGCUGCUCGCGCGUCCAAUGUCGCUAACCGCAUCUUUUCUGCCACGUCGAUGACGUCGUCGUCACCACUCCAGUACGGAUCUUCAUCACCCAGCUCCGGCAUUGCCAUCCUCUUCCAGAAGCGCAGCUCCUGCCUGGAAGCAAUAUCUUCUACUCUGGCGUCCCAUCUCUUCUCGUCCUCGUCGUACUUUUGGCGGAACUGGCGUAGGCCGUCAUUGGCGCGGGAAGCAUGGGACUGCAUUUCCCAGAUCUGCUCGCGCAGCCGGCUGUUCUCACGGCGGGCCUCGUCUAGCUGUUCCCGGUACGACCGAUGCCAUGACGCUACGUCGGAAACGUGCUUUGAUUUAUAUUCGUGGAAUUGCUUAAGCAUGGCCGCGAGGGCAUUGGCAUACUGUGACAGCAGCGCUGCGUUUUGGUCGCGGGAGUGCUUAGCUUUUUCUAGAGAUUCGGUAAGGACGGAGAUGAGGGUAUCGAGAUUUCGCUCCUGGCCUAAAUUUUCAAAAAUGUUAGUCAACAUUAUAGGGGCCGCUAGGGGUGAUGGCAGUUAAUACCAUUGAUUUCUUCGGCUGCCGAGUCAAUCAUCUGCCCGUUGUCGAGAGCCUGCACCUUGGCCUUAUUCCGUACGCGGCCAAGCCCUGUGACGAUCUCCUCGGUAACUCUUCGAUUGUCCGCCAACUGUCUGCUCAAUUCCUCCACCAUGCUGUAGAUAUAGUUAAGCUCUGCUUGGUGGCCUGCUGGCGUCGGGAUGGGCAUGCCCGCCCCCGGCACAUUGCCGUUCAUGCCGUUCAUCGGCGCGUUGUGAUCUUGCAAAAAAGGGUCUCUGCACCGUUCGAGGGCGUAUAUUGUGUCCGCACUGUCGUGCUGA